AAUGCCAACAAAGGAAUGUACGCAAACUCGGAUUCUGAAAGUCCACAGUCCCCGGAACAGGUCGCGCGUAUACAACUACGUAAAGCCCGAAAGGUCUUGGCUGAACGUCGCAACUCAAAACCGUCCAUUUGUGUCCCGGUUGUACCACGAGCGAAAAUUGAAAUUAUGGCUGCACGUUUGGAAAACGUCUCUGGUGAUGUGAUGUCUUUUCUUCAGAAAGCCUAUGUGUUUUGGAAAUUGAAGAGAGAGUUCCGACGUGGCGUCCCUCUGCUCAAACGCUUGCAGGCUGGUUCUGCGCAUAGGAGUGCUGCGAAUUUCGCUGCCUCAGUCGACACGGAAGCGCAACAGAUGCGUGCACAACUCAAAUUUUGGCAACAACUGCGACAGGAUUUAGAGAAAGCUCGUCUGUUGGCCGAAUUGAUACGCAAACGAGAACGUGUGAAACGUGACAUGUUCCGGUUGUUCAUGGACGAGAUUGAAUUACAAAUUCAACCGAUGGACACAUUUCUUUUGCGAAUAUUAGAACAGUUACAGGUUUUGGACAAACAAAAUUUCUUUGCGGAACCGGUUGGUCCCAAUCUCGCUCCGGAUUACCAUCUGAUCAUCAAACAGCCCAUGGACUUUUCAACAAUGCGAAAGAAAAUCGAAGACUCGUUGUAUUUGGAUAUAGCUUCGUUUGAGGCUGAUUUUCACCUCAUGAUAGACAAUUGUUUCCAGUACAACCACGAGGACAGUGUUUACUGUGUCGCUGCCAGUCACAUUGCGGAACAUGCCAAGAAAAUAUUCAGUGAAGCCCACGCGAUUGCCCGAACCACUGGUCUAUGCUUGAAAUCAGGAAUCCUCUAUCUGGACAAUAAAGACAUAUCGGAUCUGAAGUUGAGCCCCCCAAGCGCGACAGAGGAUAACACUACACAAGUGAAAGAGAACUACCUCAGUCCGAUAUCAGUGGAACCGACCCCUCUGUCUGAAAUGGAGAGGACAAAGCCAACCGAAUCCUCUGUCCUGGACACUAACACUAUAGUUCCUUCUGAACCUAUACAAAUUCAUCUGCCUCUAAAAGAACUGGCCAAUGGUCCGGUCGCAUCGACCACUCGUAGCCGUCUCCGGAUUACCGGUCCAGUGCAUGAACUCAUAGCACGACGUGGUACACUACGAGCAUCGAACGGUCAUUUGAACGCGUCGGAAAAUGCAUUUCGACAAUCCCGUAAACGACGCGUACCUUCCGGAAGUCCUAAUAAAAAACGUCUUUCCGAGUCCAUUCGACCGGCAAAACAAGAACGCCUGGAUGGCUCACACGCCUCAAAGAAUCUUCUUUAUUGGCACUCGCAGACAAAGGGUCCUGAUUUGUUCAGUCCAGGUGUGCCUGUCUCAACGACCAUCACUACCAAUAUUAGGACAAACGGUACGACAAUCGACCACACUGUGGGUGCCAAAUGGGCUAGCUCCGAUCAGAAUGAAACAUCUAACUGGAUGCUCGGUCGUCAUUCGGACACUGUGCGGCCUCGUAGUGGAUUGCAAUUUUCCUCUGCGGCUGUCGAAAGCGAUCAAUCAACCGCUCCUCUAGUCCGGAAAAGCCCGGCUUUCACGCACUAUCGUCUGAGUCGUCCUUCGCGAGGUGAGGACGAGGAUGACGAGGAUGAUGAUGAGGAAGAGGAGGACGAAGAUGAUGAUGAUGAAACCGAGGAUAGUGAGGAUCCAGACACGGGGAAUCACAGUGUCCACAAAGAUGAGAAUAACCCAAACAACCCGAUCAGUUUGUCCACAACCACAAAUCCGGACCAAACGUCGCCGUCGCGAGUCACUCGGAAACACUGUAGAGGUCGACCUGCUCUGACCUCAGCUGGUCGUUCGUCUCUUGUCGUGACUACCAUAGUUGGCAAUAGUCGAAUGGCUACAGCCAUUCGUCGUGGCGAUCGUGCCAGACUCCAUCGGAAGACCACAGCACCACGUGGUCGUUCCUGCAAACCUGUGCUCCAUCGUCAACGAGCGCGUUCGACAGUCUUCAAAUCAGAACGGAAACUGCUCCGUCGGGUUUCCUCGUCCUCUUCAAACAGUGCUCCCCAACAGAAUUCUCUUCCUGUGGAUGAUGAUUUGCGCAAACCGCUGCAGCUCCGAGAAUUAACCACUUCGUCCUUGACGCCGGAUCUGAGUGAUGUCCUAUCCCAUAUUGAGUCACCAGGUCCUUUAUCUGCCACCACCAGCCUGGAGCCGUAUGAGUUUUCAAACCAUUCCACAGACAUGGCACUUUCUACCACUGAGAGCCCGACCACCCGUGGUCGUACUGGAGAUCCGCCGUACGAGCAUCAGUUUGGUCCCCUCGAUGUGGUUUGGGCUAAGUGUCGUGGCUCUCCAUGGUAUCCCGCUCUGGUUGUUGAUCCCGGUGCGCAUGAGGGGUACUGCCACAACGGGGUACCGGUUCCCGUUCCACCGGAAUCCGUACUNUGGGGCAAACGAUUGAACGCAAACAUUCAAUCGGACCAGGACAAACCGGAUUUGUUAGUCCUGUUUUUCGACACAAAACGUACGUGGCAGUGGCUUUCACAUCACAAAUUGCAAUUGCUCGGCACCGAUUCCGAACUGGAUCGCGAGCGGCUGAAAGAAGGAAAGCGAAGCAAGCUGAAACACUCGGUCCUCAAAGCGUAUCGUCGUGCAGUGGAACAUCUGUGUAAAGUCCAUGGUAAACCGUAUCCCUAUGUGGACAGUAGAUCUUCACAUGAUUUAGCAGUGUUCACGUUAUGA